AUGCUCGUUACCCAAUUUUUCCAACUUGCCAUUGCUGUCUCGUUCUUUGUGGCCUCCGCCAUUGCGGCUACUGCUGCAUACCCUAGCGGCUAUGCAAAGAGGGCGAUUGAAGGGUACCCAAGUGGCUAUGGUAAACGGUCGCUUUCUGAAGCAUCUGGCAAGCUUUUAUGUCCAAUUGGCCACUCCGCCUGCCAAAUCAUUGACCGUGGAGCUGAACUAUGGGAAUGUGUCGAUACUCAGAAGGAUCUUGAGAGCUGUGGCGGAUGCAUGAUCCAAUCGUCCUACCUCUUUUCCAAGAAGGAUGGCGUCGACUGUACCGCCAUUCCAGGCGUCUCUGAUGUAUCCUGCGUAGAAGGAAAAUGUGUUGUACGCCGCUGCAUGGCAGGAUUUUCUAUCAACAAAUCUGGAGACUCUUGCGUUGAACACAUCGAGUCUUCUGUCUUCAUAACUCAACCCGACCUCACCGCAAGUUUCUGA